AUGUUUUAUCAGGUUAAAGGAUUAAAAACUAAGUUGUCCAUUGAGCCAAACUAUUUAGAUCAAUUAAAAGAUUAAAAGUUCAUAUUAGAAUAAAUCGUAUAGAAAUUAGAAGGCAAGUACUUUGAUGAUGUUGGGUACAUCAUUUGUAUUACUAAAUGCAUGAAUUACAAUUAACAUAUGGAUGAAUAAAUAGAUGCAUUAAUUGAAGAGGAUGGAACUGUUAGAGUAGUGAUUAAAUUUGAAGCCAUAGUAUUCAAAUUAUAGGAAAAGGAAAUAGUGGACGUAGAAGUUUCGAAAUGUGAAGCCCAGGCAGUCUUUGCCAAAUUGGGACCAAUCGAUUUUAUCAUCCCAAGAGAUAAAUUGCCUGCUAAUUUCACCUAUUCUAAUGAAUCAUAUAAAGAAGAAGAUGAAGAAGUGAUAAAAUAAGGUACAAAAUUAAGAGUCUAAGUUUAAAAGACAAAUUAUAAACAGGGAAAAUUAAGAGCAUUCGCUCAUUUGACAGGUGACAAUUUAGACAAUAUUUGCGGCAUAUUGAGUGAUGAUCUGAAGUUAUGA